AUGGCAUUUGACCACAUCGUUCAACAGCUUGUUAGCUUUCCGAUGACAACGAGGCGGACCAUGUCACAAAACGCGACGGCCAAACGAGGUGUUACAAAUACGAUGGGACCGACCAACUUAGGAUCGGUCCAUGCUAAUCUAAUGGCGGGACGCGAAGAUCAAUAUUUUGCCGAUGGUAUCGUGUCGGCUGUGCUCUUCAGAGAAGCCAAGUACAUUGAGAGCUUCUACGCGUCAAGAGGCAUUAAAUGUCCCUCGCCUUUUAAUUGUACAUGGGACGAGUUUGCCACAUUAGGCCUAUGUUACCAGACUACACCCCUGAGCGAGGAUGAGUGGCAGACAGACUGUCAGGUAACCGAUUACGACAAUUGCUCAUAUGACAUACCCGGAAUCACGCGUUUCGAGAUAUCGGCAAAUGCUGUUUUCGAGUCUAAGGAGGUGCCAGCCAACGUUUCACAGCACAGGUUUAAUAUCAGCAACCCCUUACUAACGCUGGCAUCCCUGAAAAGACACAAUUUUUCAUCGGUGGAAUACAAAGUCUCCAACAUGACUGUCACCAGCUUUUCCCCCUGUGUAUACACCGCUGUCAGCAACGCCAUCAAUGGGGUGUACAGCUUCCACAUAAUCAACUCAUGGCGCAACGAAUCUGCUCUGGUGCCGAGCAACAAUCCAGUCGCCGACCUUCCGGAUGUCUUCAUGACACCGAGCCAAUCGCAACUGCAUCUCGAUGGCAAGCCGUUCCAAGCUGCCACAUAUCACAUCCCAGGCCCAGUUGCUGAUCUUAUGCGGACUACGUUGAGGUCCGCACUUGUCGUUCGUGCCGGUUUCAACCCCAACGGUUCAGUCGAGGCGGACUUUGCCCAUGCGGGAUAUGGCAACUCCAAACUCGUUGCUUACAGCUACCUUACAAUCGCGGGUCAGUGGGAGACGAUCUUUAAGAGUGUCGUGGUUGGCGCCACUUCUUACAUGCGAAGUCUUGACGACCAGAGCUCGGGUGAGCAGCAGCUCCCCAUUCGGCCCCGUUCAUCACGACCCAAAAUGUCGUCCCCGACCCGCCAGCGCAGUCCCUCAAAGUCCACGCCCCGUCGCAGCUCAUCGCACCCGCCCAAAAACAACGAUGCCGCCGCCAGCCAGCAGACCCCGAACGUCUCUCGAGCCUCUGCGCCACCGUCCUCCGCAGCGCGCUUCUCCAUCCGCACACCCGGCAACCAGGUGCUCGACUUCCGGUCGUCGCGCCACCUGCUCUCCGCCUCAGGUCGCAAGGGAGCAGGAGCCGGCGCAGGCAGUGCGGUCCCCACCCAAUUUACACCCCAUGGCCGCGCCGCCAUCCGCGCCUUGGACUCCCGACGCGCCGCCAUCAACGAGAUCAACACUCCGGGCCGGAACCGCCGGCGCUCCGUGCGCGACCAGAGGGAGACGCCGCGGGAUCUGCUGCGGGCCCUGAGCCGGACCCUGGCGCCCAAGUCCAAGGUGAUCACGACGUCGUCGAGCUCCUCACCGGAUGAUCCCAGCAACAGCAGUACCCGCAGGCGGGGCGGGCGCAGCCAGAGUCGAAGCAGGAGAGGCGGGCAGGUUACGAUACCCGAAGACCCCGAUGAUAGCGAUGAGUUCCCCAUCGACAGACCACGGCUGUCGCUGCCGAUCGACGACGUUAGUGACGACGAUCUGCGACCGCCGAGGACGUCCGGGCUGGAGGAUCUCGAGGACAACUUCACAAUGCAGAGCAUAGAGCUGGCCCGUAGGCAGACUCUGGACAACCAGCGGUAUUCAAUGCGCAUGAGUGACUACGGACCUAUGAACGACCCCCCGAGCGAGGACGAUGUCGGUAUAGACUCGGCCUUCUUCCCCCGGACCAAUUGGGAUGGCGACGAGGGUGACGAUUCCGGCAUGGCGGGUCUGGGUGACGACGAUGCUACGUUUGAACGGAUCGACGAUGACGAGGCUGGUCGCCGAGAGACGCUGGGGAGGGAAAGCUUCGGGGCUAUUGACGUGAAUUUUGACGAGGCCGACCAGAGCACAGUCAUGCUACAGCCACAGGUCGAAUCGAGUCCCAGGAGAGAAAGCUUCUCAUCCCCACGAAACGAGGCUUUUGGAAUGGAGGACGCUCCCCUGCCUGAAGAAAUAGAGGUCGACGAGAACGGCAAGCAGUCGCUAGGACUGCGCGGUGACGGUGAGGGCGAAGCCGAAGGUGACAGUGACAUUGAUUUCGGCGACUUGGCCUCGGAAGCAGCUGUCGCAGAGGUUGUCGGACGGACGACCAAGCCAUCAAUAUCGAGCCGACUGAAGAAGCCCGGCAAGAAAAUAUCCCAGCAUGGCAUCGAGUACCCUUCGCUUCCCCCAGGGGUCGUCAAGAGAGUCGCGCAACGCUUCGCCGGCAAGUCCAAGAUUUCUCCAGACACCUUGGCAGCCCUGGUGCAGGCGUCCGACUGGUUCUUUGAACAGCUCGGGGACGACUUGUCCGCAUACGCCAAACAUGCGGGUCGGAAGACGAUCGAGGAGAGUGAUAUGUUGACUCUGAUGAGGAGACAACGGCAGAUCAAUGCCAACACGACGCCAUUCGCGCUCGCACAGCGUUAUUUGCCACGAGAGCUUCUACAAGAGCUGCGAAUGCCUCCUCCGGGACGGGUAAAGGCUAAGAAACGCCACAGGUCCCCAUCUGUUGGCGACGACGGCGGUGUAACAUGA